AUGGAAAAUCCAAGAAAUUCUAUUAUUGGAUGUGCAGACACUAACAAAAUUCCUGUGCGAAAUCCUUCAAAGAAGUGGUAUGUUUCACUACAUAAGUAUAACAAAAAAGAGUUUCCUCCAUAUGUCUCUGGAACAGCCUACAUCAUUUCCGGUGAAAUAGUACCAAAAUUAUUACAAGCCUCGCAGAUUAUCCCGUUCUUAGAUAUUGAAGACGUCUUUGUUACUGGACUAUGUCGUGAAUUCAUCAAAGCUAAAGUUAUAAAGCAUGAAGGAUUUACUUGUAAAUACAGAGAACCAGGUCCAUGUGGGCUGCAUUACAUUGAUAUGGUCACGGGACAUCAUUUCGAUCCAGAUGAAAUGGUCCGCAUGUGGAAAGAGCUCAAUCAAAGACAAGGCUGUCGUAUCAUAGACUCUGACUGGUUUUCAAGUUGGGCUAGAAUUUUUAAGAAAUGGAUUUUACGAAAUUUUGACAGAAAACUUAAAAUCUAG